AUGAGCUGUGAUGAGUAUCCCUUCGCUUCAUCCAGAGAAGGUGCGAAGUGUUAACAUUCAAGAGGUGUCUGUUCAUGCAGGAGAGGUUUCUUUACUGGAGUAGUGAUUGUAUUGAAGAAGUGUCAUCAUGGAGAGAUGCCCGUAUUAGAGAGGUUUCUGUAUUAGAGAGAUGUCUGUAUUAGAGAUGUUUCUGUAUUAGAGAGGUGUUUGUAUUAGAGAAGUGCCUGUAUUAGAGAAGUGCCUGUAUUAGAGAGAUGUCUGUAUUAGAAAGAUGUCUGUAUUAAAUAGGUGUCGCUGCAUUAGAUAGGUAUCUGUAUUAGGGAGAUGUAUAUAUUAGAGAGAUGUAUAUAUUAGAGAGACGUCUGUAUUAGAGAGAUGUCUGUAUAAGAGAAGUGUCUGUAUUAGAGAGAUGUUUGUAUUAGAGAGAUGCCUGUAUUAAAGAAGUGCCUGUAUUAGAGAGAUGUCUAUAUUAGAGAAGUGUCUGUAUUAGAAAGAUGUCUGUAUUAGAGAGAUGUCUGUAUUAGAGAGAUGUCUGUAUUAGAGGGGUGACUGUAUUAGAGAGGUGUCCAUAUUAGAGAGGUGUCUGUAUUAGAGAGGUGCGUGUAUUAGCGAGGUGGCGCUGUAUUGGAGAGAUGUCUGUAUUAGAUGGAGAAGUCCUAUACGAAAGGUUGUCUGUAUUAUAGAGGUGUCUGUAAUGAAGAUACGAACAUACAAGAAAGGUGUGCGUAUUUGAUUGGAUCUGUAUUCUUAAUUAUUACUUUUGGCAUUCAGCCUUUUCGGUGCGUUCUUAACCAUGAACAUUUUCUUCAUUUUUCCAGGUGGAAAAGGUGCUAAGAUCAUGAUGGUACCAGCAAAUGAAAACAGCAAGCAAGGUGGUUUGUUGGCCGCUUUUUAUAAAAGAUAUCGCAUUGGUACCGGUGACUGUUACCGUGUCGUAGCUUAUUAA